CCAAAAUUAUAGGCAAGCUUGAACUUAUAUAUAUUGGUCAAGCUGGAAAUUUUGUCUUCUCUUUUCAAAUUAUAUUGGUCAGGCUUGAACUUCAUAGGCAAGCCCAAGCUUGAACUUUGUAUUACUGACUAUAGUAAUCCCUGUUUAUUUGUCUUUUCCAAAAUUAUCACUCUCCAAAGUGACUUUCGUGUGCCCAAAAAAAAAAAAACAAAAGUUAACUUCCGCGGAUAGAACAAUUCUGGAUUUUCUUUAGCAUGUGGGGAUUUGGUCAGACAGCGUACAAUCGGUCUAUAUCCUUUACAGGUCAAACUAAGAAAGUCUCUACCCCCAUGAAGUUUUGUCUGCCUUUGAUCGGUGAAAAUGGACGGUGUUUUGUGUUGUUGCAGAAAUUGGACGGUGACGACGACAAGACUUGCAGGCUACUUUGAUGUGGCUUCGGGCACAAGCACUGGUGGUCUUGUGACGGCAAUGCUUAUCGCUCCAAAUGAGAAGAAACGCCCUCUUUUUGCUGCCAAAGAGAUCAAGGACUUCUACCUUGACCAUUGCCCCAAAAUCUUUCCCCAAGCAAGAAAACGCUCGCAAAGUCUGACUAUUUUUCCGAAGUGGAGGCCUUGCCCAAAGCUUUUCAAGUCACCAUAUGCGAAAAGUAGUUAUCGUCAGAACGAAGAGCUUGGAAGACUUCGGAAAUGUGUAAAUCAACCAUAUCUGCACUGGCUUGGGUGAAUGCAUCCACCAAGGGAGUGGAAUGUCCGGAAAGUAAAGAAACAAAAUGUCAACAUGUUUUUCCUAUUAUUCAAUAAUAAAUAAUGUAUGCACUUGCGCUAUGUACUUUGUUACGUCAAACCUUUGCCCAUGCCUUUAAGUUAGUUUAACACUGGUUGAUAUAUUCUUUCUUCUUGUCAAAGAAGGAAAGAGGGUGGCCGGUGAGAAGAAGAGAAAUAUAUAUCCUCUAUCCUCUGCUUUGUUAA